AUGACGUUUUCUGAGAAAAAGUCUUCAAGUUCAACUUCGAGCUUAGACAGCAGUCCGAUAUCGGAUAAAGCUGCUGAUAAAAAGGAAGAACCGAAACCCUUUGAGGUCAAAAGGCACAACAUCCUGCACAGCAGCACAUGUAGAUACCUGAUCCUGGACUUUAGCGGUGAAGGAGUCUUUGGCACAGUUGCCAAGUGUGUGAAUUUAAUCACUGCACAGCAUGUGGCACUGAAGAUUCAAAAAACUCAAGAUACUGCCGAAGCUAAAAGAGAGAUUGACAUGCUGGAAGUUGUGAGUGUUCUUAAUCCCAUUGAAAAGAACAUUGUACAAUUUUUCGAAAUGUUCGAGCUUGAAGGUCAUACCUGUCUAGCGUUUGAAAUGCUAGACAGGAGUCUGUACCAGCUGAUCAAGGACAGACAACGGAAGCGGCUAUCUCCCAGUGAGCUGCGGCCAAUUGCACACCAGUUGUUGACGGCCUUCGACGCCCUGAAGGGAAUAGGAAUCAUCCACUCGGACCUGAAGCCAGAUAAUGUAAUGCUGGUAAACCAUCAGCACGAGCCCUUCAGGGUGAAAUUAAUAGACUUCGGCCUGGCCUGUGGUAUUUCUGAGGUCAAACAGGGGGUGAAAAUCCAACCUGUGGGUUACAGAGCACCUGAAAUCAGCCUGGGCCUCCCCAUCACUGAAGCCAUCGAUAUGUGGGGUCUCGGCUGUGUACUGAUUUUCUUGUUUGUGGCCAGACAACCAUUCUCUGUGCACUGCGAAUAUGAGAUGAUGAGGAACAUCGUGGAGACAAUCGGCCAACCAGCUGACCAUCUCAUCUGUGCUGGCAAAUUCAGCCAGAGGUUUUUCAGGCUUUCCUGGAAUGUAGACCAUACAGAAUGGUUGCUGAGGACUCCAGAGCAAUAUCAGAAAGAAACUGGUAUCGAGCCUAAAGUAUGGAGGACACCGUUUAAAUGUUUGGACGACCUGACAACUUUUUAUCCAGAGACACAGGAGUCCAUUGAACUAGAGGAUCAGAAAGCUUGUGUGGACUUCCUGAAAUGUCUCCUGGAGACGGAUCCUAACAGGAGAAUUACUCCUGAAGAGGCUCUCAAACAUCCGUAUAUCUCAAUGGCUCAUCUGACUGAUGAAAUAGACACCAGCUCAUAUGUGGACAAUGCCCUCGAGAAAAUGCUGGUUUGUCCGAUGGAUGAGGAGGAAGCAGAGCUAACUGAUAUUAAGGUUGAAAUUGUAGAUACCUCAGCCAUCCUGUCUUCAAAUGGCUCCCAUGACACUAGUUCAAACCUGCCUGGACCAGCUGCUGAUGUACCAUGUGACCAAGACACAGCCACAACUGAUCCAACUAAAGAGGGAUCAGCUGUCGCCGCCAAUACUGGUUUAGCUCCAGAGGGCCCAGAUGCUGAUGAGGCAGAGGACCAACAUGAUGGCAUUGCAGGUCUAACUAAAAAGGGAUCAACUGCUGAUGGAUCAAGUGAGCAGGAGGCAACCAUGACUGGUACUAUUAAGAAGGGAUCAGCUGCCGCCAACAGUGUAUCAGCUCCAGAGGGACCAGCCUCGACUGGCCAAGCAGAGAACACAGCAGCUGACGAUGGGUCACCUGCUGCACCAAAAGGUUGGAGUCAGGUGGUGGAAGCCGGGCACCAGCUGCCAUCAAGUGGUAUUAAUACCUGUUUCUCAUUGCAGACCCUCAGCCCAACUCCUGUCUCCAGCUCCAGCCUGCCUGUCUUCAGUCCUGGACCCCCUCCACCCCUAUAA